UCGCCGGCGUUUAUAGGAGGUGAACCAAAAAAAAAAAAAAAAAAACAGCGCAAGCGAGUUUGUGCAAACUCGUGCAAGGCAGCAGAUACUGCUUUCACAAGGAAGACGAGCUGAACCACAGUCCGUCAUGGCUCACACAGCACUCAUAAACGAACAGCAGAGAAGCAAAGACUCCUGGCAGUCUCACAACAACAUGGUGCUGGAACCGCUCAGCAGCAAUGACACGCAGGUUUACGAAAUCAUCAAGAAGGAGAAAAGACGGCAGACGUACGGUUUGGAGCUCAUUGCCUCCGAGAACUUCGCCAGCCGAGCGGUCCUGGAAGCCCUGGGUUCCUGCAUGAAUAAUAAGUACUCGGAGGGGUACCCCGGGCAAAGGUAUUAUGGUGGCACUGAGUUUGUGGACGAACUGGAGAGGUUGUGUCAGAAGAGAGCGUUGGAAGCGUACGGCCUGGACCCAGAGAAGUGGGGAUGUAAUGUCCAGCCUUACUCUGGAUCUCCCGCUAACUUUGCCGUGUACACGGCUCUAGUGGAGCCGCAUGGGAGGAUCAUGGGACUGGAUCUCCCGGACGGGGGUCACCUGACGCACGGCUUCAUGACCGACAAAAAGAAGAUCUCCGCCACGUCCAUUUUCUUUGAGUCUAUGCCGUACAAGGUAAACCCCGACACUGGUUACAUAGACUAUGACCGACUGGAAGAGAAUGCCAGACUCUUCCAUCCUAAACUAAUAAUUGCAGGUGUCAGCUGCUAUUCACGCCACCUGGACUACGCCCGGAUGAGGAAGAUUGCUGAUGAGAAUGGCGCCUACCUAAUGGCAGACAUGGCUCACAUUAGCGGACUGGUGGCGGCCAGGGUCAUCCCUGCCCCGUUUGACUACUGCGACGUCGUCUCGACCACCACUCACAAAACUCUGAGAGGCUGCCGGGCUGGCAUGAUCUUCUACAGGAAAGGAGUUCGCAGUGCAGACCCGAAGACUGGCAAAGAGACUUCUUACAAUCUAGAAGGACCUAUCAACCAGGCCGUAUUCCCAGGACUGCAGGGAGGACCACACAACCACGCCAUUGCAGGUGUUGCUGUAGCUCUGAAACAGGCAAUGACCCCUGAAUUCAAAGCCUAUCAGGUACAAGUGCUGGCGAACUGCAAAGCUAUGGCUGAUGCAUUGAUAGACCUGGGCUACAAAGUUGUCACUGGUGGCUCCGAUAACCAUCUGAUCCUGGUUGACCUGCGGCCCAGAGGCACGGACGGGGGCAGGGCAGAGAAGGUUCUGGAAGCCUGUUCGAUCGCCUGCAAUAAGAAUACCUGUCCAGGUGAUAAAAGUGCCUUGCGGCCCAGUGGGUUAAGACUGGGAACUCCAGCUCUCACCUCCCGAGGACUGGUGGAAGAUGAUUUCAGAACAGUAGUGAAGUUUAUUCACAAAGGUGUCGAGCUGACCCUUGAGAUUCAGAAGGAUAUGAACCCGAAAGCCACCCUGAAGGAGUUCAGGGAGAAGCUGGCUAAUGAUGAGAAAUACCAAAUGAAAGUGAAGCAGCUCCGGGAGGAGGUGGAAACCUUCGCUGGGCAGUUCCCAAUGCCUGGACUGCCUGAUCUUUAAACUGGGGCAGAUGGGUCUGACUUCAUGUGGGAUUUGCUUUGCUAGUAUUUCAGCUUAUUAAUGAUAAGUUACUGUUCUGUUCAUUCAUACUGUCUGUAUUAUUUCAUUUUUUUUUCUUGGAUGGCUAUCUCUUAACUAUCCAGAUUGCAGUGCCUUAAGAUGUAAGUUUGAACAUGAAAAAACAUUUUUGUAUUUUCAUACCUGUCUUUGAUUCCAGUAAAGAAACAUUGAAUAUUA